CCUAGUACACCGUAAAUACAUUUGACAUGCAGUGAGAGUCAUUGUAUACUAUGAAACGUCGUAUUUUUCGAAGUGAAAGUCGUUAUCAAAGAAUAAUAGCUAUGUUAACAUCAGAUUAUGCGGAAAACAGCACGAAUACGCAACUAACACCUUUGUUGGAAGAGAUACUAGGAGAAUUAGAAGGAUUAAACCAAACAAUCUCACCCCACGAUUAUAUCAUUGCUUUAGCAAUAGUGUUGUUGAACGAGGCUGAUUUUCACAUAUGCACGUCAUCUAAAGAUUGCAAACAACAAUGUAAAAGAAAAAGGGCACUCCAUAUACCAAAAAACUGGAAAUCUGAAGAGACAUCAGUCUAUGAAAUGUGUUUUUACUUAAAAAGUGUCUCUAAAGUACAAUGCAAGCUAGUUGCAAUUCCUUUGGAAGGUACAUUGAUCCUGAAUUUUUUUCCUCUCAUGGAAGGAAAAAGAACUUACAGUUUAACUGUAGAUACUUUGAGAUAUUAUAACACUUUUGCGAAUAUUCCUAGUAAAAAAUAUAAGAAUCUCAAAGAGAUAUCGCACAGGUUUAAAGAUGCAUUAUCCACCCCAGUACGGUCAGAUGUAUUAAUCAGUGCUGGAUUAACAGGACCUAGUCUUCAGGCCAUUCCAACAGAAUUAAAAUUCAAAAUUUUAGGAAUGUUGGAUGUCUAUAGCUUAACAAGGAUGGCACAGUGUUGCUCGGAAUUUAAUGUGCUUUGUUCAGAACCACAAUUGUGGAAACAGUUGCUACACAGAGAUUUCCCUCAAUUUUCCUGCAAAACAGAAGAUAGCAAAGAUAGCUAUCGUACUAGUCGGAUGAACCAACGAAGAGGCCGCCAGCGAACAAUGAGAGUGCGGAGAACGAGGAAACCACAACGCAGAGCAAUGGUGAUACCGGUAGUAGCUACACUACUACCUAAUCCUCCUGACGCUUGCUGCGCAUCAUGGGAUUAUCCUUUAGUUUUGUGUUUUGAUAUUAGUCAUUUUGUUACAAACAAUUGA